UACCAUGAGAAGAAAUCAGCACUUACAAUCAUAUUAUAGCAUAUAUGAUGACUAUGGCUAUGGCUACUAAGCAUUCCCUUCUGUUUGGGAUUCUCCUCUUGCUCAUAAGCUUGUUGGCUCUUACUGAGCCAACAAUGGCAGUUAUUUCCCGCACAGAUUUUCCAGAUGACUUCAUUUUUGGGACAUCUACUUCUGCCUAUCAGAUCGAAGGUGAAGCAAACUAUAAGAAUAGAGGACCUAGUGUAUGGGACAUAUUUACACAUGAAUAUCCAGAAAGAAUAUUGGAUGGAAGCACUGGAGAUACAGCGGAUGAUUUCUAUAAUACCUUCAAAGCAGAUAUUCAAAGAAUGAAGCUAAUUGGUUUGGAUGCUUAUAGAUUCUCAAUUUCAUGGUCUAGAAUAAUACCCAGUGGAAGGCUAUGGGAAGGAGUGAAUGAGCAAGGGAUUGAAUUUUAUGAUAAGAUUAUAAACGAAACUAUAGCAAAUGGCUUAGAGCCUUUUGUAACUAUUUUUCAUUGGGAUACUCCUCAAACCCUAGAAGAUAAAUAUGGUGGCUUUUUAAGCCCUAAUAUUGUGAAUGAUUUUCGUGAUUAUGCGGAUUUUCUCUUUAAAAAAUUUGGUGAUCGAGUUAAAUAUUGGAUCACUUUAAAUGGACCAUGGACUCUUACUGAAUUCGGAUAUGACGAAGGCAUCCAUGCUCCUGGUCACUGCUCUUCUUGGGUGAAUCGUCAAUGCCGUGCUGGAAAUUCAUCCACGGAGCCCUAUAUAGUUGCUCAUAAUAUGUUGCUUUCUCAUGCUGCAGCUGUACAAGUAUAUAGAGAAAACUACCAAAAAAUAUAUAAAGGUAAGAUCGGCAUAUCACUUUUUAGUUAUUGGUUUGAACCUAUCUCCGAUCAAACAACUGAUCAACAAGCAGCAAAGACAGCUCUUGAUUUCAUGUUUGGAUUGUUUAUGGAUCCUAUAACGUAUGGCCAAUAUCCAAGAAGCGUUCAAACUUUAGUUGGAGAGAGAUUGCCAAACUUUACUUACAAUGAAUCUCAAUUACUAAAUGGAUCAUAUGAUUUUGUUGGAUUGCAAUAUUACGCUUCAUAUUAUGCAAAAGCAAAUGCUACUGUUGAUCCAGAUUAUGUUAGAUACAAAACUGACAGUCAAGUUACCGUAACUGCUUAUGAUGAUAAUGGUGAACCCAUUGGUCCACAGGCUUAUUCUCCUUGGUUGUACGUUUAUCCAAUAGGCAUUCGAAAGCUUUUAAACUACAUAAAAAAUACGUAUAAUGAUCCAACAAUUUAUGUUACAGAGAAUGGGGUUGAUGAGUUUAGUAACGGGACCCAAACCUUGCAAGAACAGGAAGACGAUCAAUUCAGAAUACAUUAUCUUAGAAACCAUACUUGGUUUGUGCUUCAAUCCAUGAGGAAGGACAAUGUUAAUGUCAAAGGCUAUUUUGUAUGGUCAUUUUUGGAUAAUUUCGAGUGGAACAUGGGUUAUACUUCAAGGUUCGGUUUGCAUUACGUGGACUACGAAAAUAACAUGACAAGGUACCCCAAGGCUUCAGCUACUUGGUUCUGCGUUUUCCUUAAAAAAUUUCCAGUAGGUCCUCUUUGUCCUGUGGAUCCAUUCCCAUAAACAUAGAGAGACAUGCCUCAGCUCAAAUCCAGACAUGACCUUGUGUUGUAAUAAAACAUGUGGUGAUCCCACGUAAUUCCUUAUGGGAAUUUCUAUGCCCUGUCGCUGUUGGUUUUCGAUGUGAUGAUAUAAGUAAUUAUGCAUUGUCUAAUGUACUGGUAUCGUGUCUUUGAAAUCAAUAUUACAUAUUUUCCUUUUA